AUGGUGCUCACCCUAUCCAACCAAUUCCUAGCCAAAAUUCCAUCAACCCCAAAAACCUUAACUCUCCCCAAAACCUCAUCUUCAACCCUUCGUCCUCAAUGGAGCUGCCGUAAAACAGACAUUCACCCAGAAUUCUACGAAGAUGCUAAGGUCUACUGCAAUGGCGAACUUGUUAUGACAACUGGUGGCACCCAGAAAGAGUACACUGUUGAAGUUUGGUCGGGAAACCACCCUUUUUACCUCGGAAAUCGCUCUGCUCUUCUUAUUGAUGCUGAUCAAGUUGAGAAGUUUAAGAAGAAGUAUGGUGAAUUGACUCAGAUUAUGACCAUUCCUGUGCUUAAGGGUGAGAUUGUUCUUCCUCCUAAAAAGAAGAGUAAGGCCAAGAAGAAGUAA